AGUUCAGCAGCCGUUCCAAUCCGAUCCGGGCACCGUGCGUCUUCGCCUCUUCGCGUCAUCCUCGGUCCGCGGGAUCAACGGCGACCGAUCGACGUUGGUUUGCCGGUGUUCCUCGUGUUCCUCGGGUAGUUGUGCGCCGCUACCAAGAUGACCGACAACAUGAAUGAACUUUCGGAGCGGCUUCUCUCCGCUACAAUAGGCGAUCGAAGUGCCGAAGUCAGUUUUCGCGGACUUGGCCUCAAGCUCGACACUGAACAGGACGCGAAGGAUGUGGUGGAAGCCAUCUCUCGGUGCCCUGACCUGGAGACGCUCUGCCUGGAAGGCAACACACUCGGUGUGGACGCGGCCAAGGCUGUCGGCAAGGCUCUCGAGGCACAGCCAAAGCUCAGGAGGGCCUUGUGGAAGGACUUGUUCACGGGCAGGUCCAAGGAGGUCAUCCCGGAUGCACUGAGGUUCCUCACCGGGGGCGUGAUGCUAUCCCACGCCCGACUGACCGAGCUCGACCUGAGCGACAAUGCCUUUGGUCCCGUGGGAAUCGGGGCACUGGUGCCCCUGCUCAGCUCUCCGUGCUGCUUCCAACUGAAGACCCUGCUGCUCAACAACAAUGGGCUGGGCCCCGGAGGUGCGGAGCUCUUAGCCAAGGCGUUGGGGGCCUGCCUGGCCGAGAGCCGCAAGGCUGGCACCCCGCUGCAGCUGCGGACGCUGGUGUGCGGCCGGAACCGCCUCGAGAACGUCGGUGCCACCGCACUGGCCGCCGUGCUGGCGGACAUGGGCAGCCUGGAGGAGCUGUCCCUCCCACAGAACGGCAUCUUUCACGAGGGCGUGGGCGCACUGGCCAAAGGGGUGGCCGCCAAUCCCAACCUGCACUUGCUCAACCUCAAUGACAACAUCUUCACCCCCGAGGGAGCUCGCCAGAUGGCACAGGCUGUGCGCCGACUAGACAAGCUGGAGGUGCUCAACUUCGGGGACUGCCUGGUCAAGACGGCGGGUGCCAAGGCCCUGGCCAAGGGGUUGGCGGGGGGAAGCUCGCCCCUCAGGGAGGUUCAGCUGGGCUACAAUGGCAUCUCCCUGUCGGGGGGCCUGGCCCUGGUCGAAGCCCUCAAGGACCGGCCCCAGCUCGAGGUCCUGGAGCUCGAUGGGAACAAGUUUGGCACUCACGGAGUGGAGCAGCUGGAGGCAGCCAUGGACGCGGUUGGCAAACUGGACAAGCUGUGUGCCUUCAGCGACGACGAGGGUUCCUCCGCCGACGAAGACGACGAGGACGAGGAAGCCAGAGAUGCCGAAGAGGAGCAGCGAGGCAGCGUGGAGGCGUUUCUGGCAUCUCCCACGGCACCCAAGCUGGUACAGCUAGGGAGUCAGCGCUCCAAGCAGCUGCUGCAGCACGUUGAGGAGAACUCGGGCCAGAACCUGCUCUGCGGCUACCUGGAUGCCUUCAUGAAGGUGGCGUCGGUGGUGGGUCUGGGGGACGAGGCCAGCCGGCGCUCCGCGCUGGACUGCGGGGACGCCCUGAUGGGGGCCUCCUUCGCCCUGGCCUCGAGGGAAGGGGGCCCGGCGGACCUCAACAACCGCCUGCUGGUGCGCCUCGGCCUGCUCAAGGCCGAGCGUGGCGAAGAGUCCCCGUGGCCCGGAAGCACCAAGGAAGGCGCCAUGUCGCUGCUGGCAGACCUCGUGCCCAAGGAAUACUUCGACAGCUCCACGAGGGACGCUCUGCAGGCCUUCCUCUCACGGCCGCAGCAGAACGGGGCCUUGGAAAGCAAGGCGAGGCAUCGGCUGAUGCAGGUCCUGUACCAGGCGUAGAGCAGGAGGCUCCUCAGACCCGGCUCAGCUUUACUCCGGCUGCGCAAGAAAGGACGGAGCAUGCAGCCCCGUCUUCAGCCACUCAUCACAGUCCCAUCAACUUUCUUCGACACUGCCCAUUAAAUGAGUUAUUUGUUC